UAUCAAAUAACGCGAACAAUGCUUCUUUUGUGUUUCUUUUAAGAAGAAUUUUCAGUAGUUUGCUCUUCACUACACUAUAUACAUGUUGAGUAAAAUGCUGAAAUGUUUAAUAAGUCUUGCACUAACUAAUCUUUAUGUUCAAGCACAAUCAGAAGAUGUAAAACAUGUAAUCUGGACUGACGUGGAGGAAUCAACUUUACUGGACGAAAGUUUACACAAGGUGGCCUUCAGGGAUGUUGUACUAGAAAAGCUGUUGACCAGAUUAAUAAAUAGCCUUCUAGAGAACUCUAGAAGAGGACCAGAAUUCUCAAGUAUGCCAUCUGCCCUCCUCAUUCCUGAUCCUUUGUGUAUUCCAAACAUUAACUUACAGAAAGCAAAAUCUGGAGUGUUCGAUAUCAAUUUUCAGGGUUGGAAUCUAAAAAUUACAGGACUUCACACAACAAAAAUAAAAAAUCUACAUGUGGUCAGACAUCUUGGUCUUCAGGAUAUCAGGGCAGUUGUACAGCUGGUAACUGACCUGAAUAUUGAAGGUAUUUACAACCUGACCGGCACAGGACUCUCUCUCCUUCCUCUCUACGGAAGCGGAGCUUUAAAUGUUAAGAUUUCUGAUUUUCUGUUGACUGGUGAGAGUUAUAUCGUGUUAAAAGACGACACUUUAUAUAUUAGAGAGUUCCAGCUCCUGAUGACGGAUAACGAUCUCCAAGUGAACCUGGAGAACCUCAUGGGAAACGGUUUAGGGAUUGGAAAAAAUAAACAUCUAGUUGGAGCUGUAGCUAACAGUCUUCUAUCCAGUGUAGGAGAGGAUAUUCUCUUCAAUAACAGAAACCUGCUAGAGGCUAUAGCUAGAAAUAACUGGAUGAUGCAUGUCGACAAUUUUCUGUCUUUCUAGAAGAAGAUUUAAAA